AUGUCUGAUUAUUUUACCAUUUUAAGCAACAUAUUUACCUCGACGUCCUUAAAAAAGAAAUAUAGUAGUAGGCUAAGUACGAAAAGUAAAAAGAAUCAAAAGAGAGUAAAAUUAAUUCGCUUAAGAAAUGGACAUUUUAGAAGAAUUGUAGAUAUAUCCAAUAUUGAUGAAAAAAGUAUAUUUCCUAGAUCAUGCACCUUUGCUUCCAUAUCAUCUGCAUCAAAGGAAAAUGAAAGGAAAAACUGUUCAGAAGAUACGAAAGAGCCCGAUGAGAAUUUAUACGGAAAAAGUAAUACGUCCUCAAGUAUUACUAUAAAAAUUAAUUUUGAUGAAUCUGAUGAAAAUAAAUCUGUUCAAGAUAAUCAUUCGAUAGAUACAAUAUCAGAUAUUUCUUUUACGCAGACAAGCAGAAAAAGUUUGGAAAUUGAAUCAAACACUUAUGAAUCUUAUAGGGAAGUUGAAAAGGAAGAUAUAGAAGAAGAAGAAGAAGAAGAAGAGGAAGAAGAAAAAGAAGAAGAAGAGGAAUAUGAGGAAGAAGAAGAAGAAGAAUAUGAAGAAGAAGAUAAUAAAGAAGUAGAACCAGAAGAAGAAUUAAAAGAAGAUGAUAAAGAAGUAGAACCAGAAGAAGAAUUAAAAGAAGAAGGUGAUAAAGAAGUUGAACCAGAAGAAGAAAAGGAAAAUGAACAAAAAAAAGAGGAACAAGAAGAGAAAAUUUUGGAAGCACCAUCAAAAACAUUAAUGAAAGGAGUUAAGACAAAUAUAUAUUUCUUAUCUUCAAAAGAAAGAAUUGAAGCUCUUAUGUGUUAUAAUUAUAUAAGUAAUGCUAUAAUAUUUGAAAAGGGGAAAUUUCUAAGAUAUAUAUUUAUGAAUAAUGUUAAUAAUAUUAUAGUUAAUGAACAUAUGAUAAAUAUGUUAUGUAAAAAAGAAAAAAUUAAAUAUAUUUUAUCAAGCAAUUCAAUUAUUAUAGAAUCUAAUGAUUUUAUUAAACCUCUUAUUAUAGAAUUUGAUUCUAAUGUUUCUAAAAAAAUAUUUGUUAAACAUUUGAAAAUGGUUGAUAGUUUUAAAUUAGAUGAUAAAUUAUAUAGGGAAUAUUUAAAUGAUCUAUCAGAACAUGAACGUGAUCGCCUCAAACAUGUUGAAAGUUUUUACUCAAAUGCAAUCAAAGUGCAUAAUACAUAA